AGCUGGUGGUGGAGGUGUCGAUCCAGCUGCUGACAGUGCUGGCGCUGUGCGCCUUCGCAAUUGCUGCUGGAGUUAUUGUGGGGUCUGUGAUGUCUCGAGCCACAGUGUCUCCGGGGACUUUGCUGCUGUCGGUGUCUCCUUACAGCAGCGAGCCUGCUGCGCAGCUGCUGUUUCCGAGUCCUGCUGCUGCUGCUGCUGCUGCUGCUGCGGCCGCGGCCGCAGCAGCAGCAGCGCUCGCCGCACCCGGCGCCGCCGCAGCAGCAGCAACGGCAGCACCAGCAGCAGCAGCAGCACCUGCAGCAGCAGCAGCACCUGCAGCAACAGCAGCAGCCGACACGGAGGUUCAGGCGGUUUUUAGGGCCCAGUUCAUUGCAGAGGCGCCUGUCUAUAAUAAGGGGGCGUUUAUUGAGUCUCUGGGGAUGUACUUGGAGGCCCUUUACCUGCCUGCUGUGGGGCUUCCAGUGCCUUCGGUUUGUUUUGCUGCUGCUGGGUCUUUUUCGCCGUGGGUGUCGCUGCAGCCGCAGCAGCAGCAGCCAACUCCUGCUGCAGCAGCAGAGCUGCUGCGGCGGGGGCGGGAGAACUAUUCGCUGAUUCAGCGGAUAGCUGUGGGGCGUUUCCCGGGAUCGGAUCCCGAGGCUGGGAUCGUCGAUCCCGGGGAGCCGCAGCAGCAGCUGCUGCACGUGCUGCUGCCGCGGGCGGACGCGGCGCUGGUGCAGCUGCUGCAGUACGACGCAGCAGCAGCAGCAGCAGCAGGAGCAGCAGCAGCAGCAGUGGGCCCCACGCUGCUGGUCUCCAACUCCGUGCCCUUCAUCCCGGGACUUCAAGUGGGACUGGACUCUGUUUCUUUUUAUGUCGGAAUUAAUUUGCCGCUGCAGCAAAACGAUUUGCUGCUGCUGUCGGCGCUGCAGCGGGACUGCAGCGAGAGGCAGCAGGUGUACAUACAGCUCAGGGCCUCAGUCGUUUCCGCCCGCAGCAUGCUGCUGCAGCUGAGCCACCGCCCGUUCGCUUUUGCGCCUUUUCCCGUCAAGUGCAGCAUCAGCAGCAGCAGCAGCAGCAGCAGCAGCAGCAGCAGCAGCAGCAAGUGGCCUCCAGACACCCCACCCAGCUUCAAGCACGAAAGAGACAAGUACCUCCUCGAAGCUGCCACGCUCGUCAUGGAAGGCGGCUACUCCUGA